AUGGCAUUCAACUUUCUUGUGCUCUUUGUAGUUAGCUUACUAGUUGUCAUCAACCAUUUUGUUAAGUUUUCUUAUAGCUUUAGGUUUAAUGCAGUAGUGUCUUUAGAUGGUACAGGUAAUUUUGUUCGAGUUAGUGAUGCAACAGCGGCAGCACCUAACUUCGGCACCACUAGAUUUUAUAUUCAUAUAAAACCUGGCAUUUACAAGGAGCAUGUUGAAGUUCCAGUUCAGAAAACAUUUAUUGCUUUGAUUGGAGAUGAUGCUUCUACGACCAUCAUCGUUGACAAUAGAAGUAAUGGGAGUGGGUUUUCAACUUCAGCAACUGCAACCCUUACUGUGAAGGGUCAAAAUUUCAUGGCUCAAUCCUUGACUUUUCAAAACUCCGCUGGACCAAAUGAACACCAAGCAAUUGCGCUUCUUGACCAAGCUAAACACACAGCAUACUACAAGUGUGUGUUUCUUGGCUAUCAAGAUACUCUAUAUGCAGCAGCAGUGCCCCAAUUCUUCAAGGAGUGCGAUAUAUAUGGAAGUGUUGACUUUAUUUUCGGAAAUGGACUUGCAGUAUUCCAAGACUGUAAUAUAUACGCUCAAUUAUCAGGCAUUAUCACAGUCACUGCACAAUCCAAAGACAAAGUAAAUGACCAUAGCGGGUUCAUCUUCCAGAGGUGCAAUGUGACAGUAUCGCCAAAUAUAGCAUCAAGUAGGGACAAGGUUAUAAUGUUUCUUGGACGACCAUGGAGAACUUAUUCAAUGGUUGUUUUCAUUGAGUCAUAUCUUGACAAUGUAGUUCAACCAAAAGGAUGGUUAGAGUGGCCAGGAGUUCCAGUGAAUCUAUUGUUUUAUGCCGAAUAUAAAAAUAGUGGUCCAGGAGCUCACACUCCUCAAAGGGUACAUUGGCCUGGUUAUCAUGUAUUGUACAAUGCAAAGCAAGUUGCAAAGUUUACCGUUGAAAACUUCAUUGAUUGGACUAAAUGGUUACCAGAAACUGGCAUACCUUUUAGGACUGGUUUGUAA